AUGUCUGCUCAAUCCGAAGGAAAUUAUGCGGAAGCUUUACAGAAUUAUUAUGAAGCUAUGCGACUAGAAAUUGAUCCCUAUGAUAGAAGUUAUAUACUCUAUAAUAUAGGCCUUAUUCACACAAGUAAUGGAGAACACACAAAAGCUUUGGAAUAUUAUUUUCGGGCAUUAGAACGAAACCCUUUCUUACCACAAGCUUUUAAUAAUAUGGCCGUAAUCUGUCAUUACGUGCGACUAUCUACACUAUAG